GCUUUUUGAAAGAAUAUUUCAGUAUACAUGAAUCUCUCUUAGCAUUAAGUAUAGUAUGUAUAGUAGAGGAAAAGAAUCAUAAAUAUUUUGCUGCAUCAUAGUGAUGAGUCACACAUUUAUGCAAGUGUCAAGUAACUUCAAGAAAUACUUAUUUCUUUAAUAUUUAUUUUUAUAUUUGUAAUAAAAUAAAAAAAAUUAAUUAAAAAUGAAUAAUAUGGAUAUAAAUGAUCGUCCGAAAUGGUUGCUAGAAUUGGAAAAUCGAAAAAGAAAGCCUCGAUUGGCACAUGAAGCUGGAGCUGGAGCACCUUGUGUUCUUUGCAAAACAGCAUGUCCAGGUUUAGAUUUACAUUUUUGGAGAAAAAUUUGUAAAAAUUGUAAAUGCAAUAAAGAUGAUCAUGAUGUUGAUGAUGAUGAUUUCCCACAAUUUGACUUGUUAUUUGGAACCUCAAAAAAAUAUAAGAAGAAAUCAAUAUUAUUACAUAUAAAUGAUGGAAAGAAAUAUAUAGAAGAAGCAUUUGAAUGGAUACCACCAAAUACAACAAAAGAACUUGCUAUAGAUUAUAUGAGAGCUUUACCUAUAGAUAAGUUACCUAUUAAAGGAUCAGCUGGUGCAGCUCUAAGAAGACAAUUAUUGCAAAAACAAUUACCUCUUCAUGAUGUAGAUUAUAAAAGUUGUGAUAAAUUAAGUGAUCAAGAAAAAAAACAGUUUGAAAAAUAUUUAGAAAAUAUAAAAAGAUAUGUAGGACAAGGAAUAGUAACAAAGAUAUUAAGCGCUCGUCCAUAUGAUGGAUCAUUAGUAACACCCGUAAAUGCUACUGAUAUGCAACGUUUUAAUCCACAAAACAAAUUUAAUUUAUCACCAAGCUUUGUACAAUUACGUACGCCAAGUAGUUUUGCUCCAAAAUGUUCAUAUAAAAAAAAUGUGCAUGAAAAUAUAAAUAUCCAUGAAUUUUGUACUCUAGAAACACCAAAUAAUUAUAGUAAUGUUAAAAAUAAUCAAAUUUUUGAGAAAUAUAACAUAACCAGCAAUGAAAAUAUUAGAAGUAAUAAUCAAAAUAUAAAAAAUGUAACAACUGAAAAUUUGAAUGAAAACCAUUUAAAUGAUACAGUAGUUACAAAUGUAAAUUCUAAAAUAACAUUACCUUCGAAUCCAUCUGAAUGUUAUAAAGAAGCAUAUAAAGAUGUGUUCAAAAAUCCAUCUACUUCUCUAUUAAAUUCAAAAUCAAUUAAUGAUAAUAUUGAUGUUGAAACUUUAUUAGUAGAUACUUUAUUACCAUCUAAUGUACAUACAACUGAUGUAAUUAAAAGUACAUUAGAUGAGAAAAGUCUAAUGUAUAUACGUGAAAAACUCACAAAUAAAUAUAGUAAUCAAGAAAAUCAAAAACAAAUCAAUUUUGCAAAAAAUUUAAAUUCAAAUAAUUCGCAAAAUAAAAAUUUUCCCAUAAAUAUUAAUAAAGAAACUGAUCAAAUAGCUACUAUUACUACUAUAAACAAUCCUGAAAUGUUAAUUCCAUCAGAAGAAAAACUUCAAAAUAUAGAAAAGAAUACUUAUGAUUCUACAGAAACUUUUAAUAUAGAAAAUUCAAAAGAAAAUAAAUCAUUAACUUCUUCGAAAAUGAUAGAAAAUCAAUUUCUUUCAUCAGCUUCAUCAUCACAAUUACAGACUUCUAAUAUCAAUAAUUAUCAAGCAACACUAAAUAGCUUUACAACACCUUCCACUGUUAUUCGUUCUGAAAAAUUGGAAAAGCAAAUUUUUCCAUGUGAAACUAUUUCUGUAGCAAAACAAUCAGAAGAUCUUAUAAAUGCAGAACAUCUUAAAAAUGUCAUGGAUCAAUUAACAAUAAAUUCUAAAUUACAAAAAUGUCAUAAAUGUAAAGAAGAAAUUCAUGUUGGUGAUGUUGCCGUAAUUACAGAAAAAGCUAAAAAUGCAAUAUGGCAUCCAGGAUGUUUUGUAUGUAAUAUGUGUAAUGAAUUGCUAGUAGAUUUAGUAUACUUUUAUUACAAAAAUAAAUUAUAUUGUGGUAGAGAUUUAGCAACACUAUUAGGAAUUCCUAGAUGUUUUGCUUGCGACGAACUUAUUUUUGUACGAGAAUAUACUGUUGCAGAAGGUCAUAAUUAUCAUGUAAAACAUUUUUGCUGUUGGGAUUGUGAUGUUCCAUUAGCUGGAAAACAGUAUAUUACAGAGAAUGAUCGUCCACUAUGUCUUUUGUGUUAUCAAAAAACAUAUGCAAAAACAUGUAACUUAUGUAAGGAGAUAAUUGCUGCUGAUCAAAAAGGUGUUGGUGUUAAGGAUUUAAAUUUUCAUGCAACAGAAACUUGUUUUUGCUGUUAUAUAUGCAAUAAAAAUUUAUUAAGUAGCAAAUUUGCAGUUAAAGAGAAAAAAAUAUUUUGUAGUAAGGAAUGCAUUUCUAAUUUUUUACAUUCAUAA